CAAGGAGCGUAGCGGAGUGCAAUCUACGAAUCUCCGCCGGCUGUAAAUUUUUUAUGGAAACCUUUAACCUUACGUCUUGUCGGCUCACUUGGUUUUAUAGCUUUGGAAUCUUUGCAGUCAAUGUAUUUAACAUGAAUGUGGAAUCCACUAGAGUUCACUGCUUGAUCUCACCUUAACUCUGAGUCUCCGACGCUCUUGUUCUCCCCCAUGGCGUCUGUCCAAGCGCCCUUCUCUCAAAACCAACUUUUCCCCACCAAACUCACUGAUCGUGGCAGCAAUUCGGAGCUAAUUUCACACCAUUUAUCUUUUUCAAGACAUGGUUCGAUCAGAGAAUUGAGGAUCGUUAGAUGUUCCGGUCAAAACGAAGCCUUGGUCGAUUCCGGUCCUCAAAUAGUUGAUGUUCCACUACUGUCUUGCUCAGAGGCUAUUGAAAUGCUCAAAGUGAAUCGAGCAAAGCAGAAGAGCAAGCAGCAAUUUCUGGCCAUGUACUCUAGCGUUUUUGGUGGAAUAACAACAGACCCAGCGGCUAUGGUGAUCCCUAUGGAUGAUCACAUGGUCCACCGGGGACAUGGUGUCUUUGAUACUGCUGCAAUUGUGGACGGAUACCUGUAUGAAUUAGACCAACAUCUUGAUCGAAUAAUAAGGUCAGCCUCCAUGGCCAAAAUUAAACUUCCUUAUGGCCGGGAAAGUCUAAGAAGAAUACUCAUACAAACUGUGAGUGCUUCCAAGUGUAAGAAAGGAUCAUUAAGAUAUUGGCUUUCAGCUGGAGUGGGCGAUUUUCAAUUAUCUCCAAGUGGGUGCCAUGGACCUGCAUUUUAUGCCAUUGUAAUACAGGAUGAAUCAAUGUUUAUUUCAGAAGGCAUUAAAGUAGUAACUUCAUCUAUCCCAAUAAAACCUCCACAAUUUGCCACCAUGAAGAGUGUGAAUUACCUACCAAAUGUGCUUUCAAAAAUGGAGGGUGAAGAACAUGGUGCAUAUGCUGCCAUUUGGCUUGAUACUGAUGGCUUCAUUGCUGAAGGGCCUAACAUGAAUGUGGCUUUUGUUACAAAAGCAAAGGAGCUUCUGAUGCCUCACUUCGAUAAAAUUUUGAGCGGGUGCACAGCCAAGAGAGUUUUAAGUCUUGCAGAGGCUCUUGUGAGGGAAGGUAAGCUCCAUGGAAUUACAGUAGAUAAUGUCACUGUGGAGGAAGGUAAGAGAGCCGAGGAGAUGAUGCUUAUUGGUAGUGGAGUUCUUGUUAAGCCAGUACUGCAAUGGGAUGACCAGGUCAUUGGCAAUGGCAAAGAAGGUCCCAUAUCUGAAGCUCUACUGGAUCUAUUGUUGGAGGACAUGAAAUCUGGCCCUGCGACUGUCCGGGUUCCUGUUCCUUACUGAGAACUUCCAUCCCUUUUGUUGAUCUUGUAUUGAAAGUGCUUCACAUGUGUCGGUUAUGGAGAUUGACACGGAAGUUCUGUAAUUCAAAAUACAUAUUGAUGCAAGUUGCACUGAAUUUUGUAUAUACAAGUUACAGAAUUCUGACC